GUUCACCUCCAGUGGCUGGGCGGGGGUGAAGUCCAGAGAAUAGACUGGUCCAGAGUGGGUUCAGCAGGAAGACACGUCUAAACAGAUUUCCAACAUGUCUGAUGUGAGUAACCAGCUGCCUGCUGAUCCCAUCUCUGCAGUUGGAGUUGUCACUUCGCUAAAUAAGGCCCCUGAUGACUUCUGUGUUGUUGCACAAACAACAGAUGGCUCUGACGCCGACCUGUGGAAGGACGCCUUAUUCAAAUCCAAGGUCAAUCGCUACCUCUGUUUCACCAGGAAACCUGGGCCUGACGUCGUUGCGGACGUGAAGCUGACUGACAUUAAGGAGGUGUUGCCAGAGGGCUUCACACCUGUGCUAGAAACAAUGGAUACGAAGGAAACUGCCACGAGGAAGAGGAGGCUCUGUGUGAAACUCAGCCCUCGUGCGUCUGCUGAGACGGCUGUAUAUGACAUCCAGAUCAUUGCGAAGUCCAAGCACCAUCUUGUUAACUACACCUGUAUAGGUGAGAUCAACAAUAUGGGAAUGUGGUAUCAAAUCAGAGCGGUUCCUCAGCAUCAGUUGUGUCAGAAAACGUCCAUCCCAGCUGACACGGACAUCCCAACAGAAACCAACACAGAAAGUAGAACCACGAGAAGGCCAGACUGUGAGCAGCAGAGCAGUGGGAGCAACACCAAGACAGCUCUGGAUGAUGUGCCCUUUGUGAUCUCUGAGAAGUUUUAUGACAACCCCGAAAAGAUACAGCAAGUCAAUUUAAUGGGCAUUACGAUCAAAUCCCUGGCAGAGAUCGAGGAGGAAUUUUACUACAACUUCAGCGCAGAGCAAAGCAUCGCCCUCUAACUUUCCUCCCAGGCCUCCGAGGGUGACAGAGCCACAGGGACUGGACAAGUACUCAAGAAAAAAAUGGAUAAUUUGUAAAAUAACAAACUAAUGAAAUCAAGAAAGGUUUGAAAUCAAGAUUUGCUUCAAAUGUAUAUAAUGUAAUUUUAAGCAGAAAAUUUUAAAUUUUAAGUUUUUGUUAUUUUAAGGAAUUCUAUGUCUGCUCUUGAAAUAUUUUUGAUAAUAUACAAAUUUGAACAUUAAACUUUUAGAAAUGUU